UGAGAGCUGUUUGCCCCACCCCACCUCUUCAGCGCUAUCUGUCUCAAUGUACCAUUCCCGGAGAAAGGGGAAAAAGACUAAUAAUACCCCACAGAAAAGCGUCUUUUCGCGUUCCUGACGAAGCGGACGCGGCCUAUCAAUGAAGGAAUCGCUGUCAUAGAGGGAUCCGUUAUUUAAUAAUAAUAAAAAAAGACAAGCAAACGGGACACGGUUUCUUCAUGUGUGUGUGUAUGCACACAUGUUUAUUGCCACCCGAAUUGAAAAGGAAUACAAAGCUGAGACUGACAGGCUCUACCUGCAAGAAGCUGGAAAAUACCAACGGCUUUUUCUAAACUCGAUCAAAUCGGACCGAUCGAAAGGAGACGGAAAAAGGGAGCCCAAGAAAUCGGUUACCGCCGCUUCGGGGGUUUCGCAUGUGAGGAGAAAUACAAAUUGCAGCUAGAGAAAAAAGACAGAGAAAGGCCUUUUUUGGAGGUGGACGAACCCAGCUAAGCGGCGACCAUCGGCGCACAAGAGCAGGAAAAAUACACCAUUUCUGGAAAUAAAAACCCAACUAAAAGGCUCGGUGGGGACAGCGGGGGUCUCUUAACGGAUUUUAGUAGCAUUCGUAUGAACCGAGAAGCGGUCAAAAUGGUCCACAUUCCGUCAAUUUAGUGGAGAUAUUUAUUUAUCAUUUUUCACCCCUUUUUUUUUUUUUUUUUUCCUCUGUCGGUCCCUCUCUGCCUCUGUAUCCGAGCGGUUGGGAGGCGGAUUGGAAAGAAAACCCUAAAAAUACACCGUGUGCGGGGCCCGUUUUUUCCCCCGAACGCGAUUCAUCGGCGAAAUUCGUGUUUUGUGUAACUAAUGGAUUCUCUACGACAAAUUUGAUAAAAUCGGGUUGGAUUUCGGCUCUUCGGCGCGGCGUCGUGGGAACCUUGACAUAAAUUUGUGUGCCAUUUUAGCGGGUGGGGGGGGAGAAAGAAAGGAAAAAAAAAAAAAUCGACCGCAGAUACGAAACGCAUGUAGAAUACGCGCGUUGAUGGUGUAUAAUAAAAAUAAGCGAGGAAUUAAAAGAAGCGAGAGGGCGGCCCGGGUGUCGUCAUCAACACUGCCGCCCUUCCCCACACUCAUCUCUCUGAGAAAUACUGCUCUAAUAUUCCCCAACGGGUGCUUUUGUUUGUCGAGUCCAUUAGUUUAAUUAGCCACAAGCGAUAUAAAUGUCCCAAAGCUUCGCGCAGGCGUUCAAUUCGCGGGCCAGCGGGGGGAUUUAGGCGCACUCCAUUGAUCUGUUUGGCGAAGCCGUCGCUCCGGCCGCUGGGAACAUGGGCUGUUUGGGCAACAGUAAGACGGAGGACCAGCGCAACGAGGAGAAGGCGCAGAGAGAGGCCAACAAGAAGAUCGAGAAGCAGCUGCAGAAGGACAAGCAGAUCUACCGGGCCACACACCGGCUGCUGUUGCUCGGGGCUGGCGAGUCGGGGAAAAGCACUAUAGUCAAACAAAUGCGGAUCCUUCAUGUCAAUGGCUUCAAUGCAGAAGAGAAAAAACAAAAAAUUCAGGACAUCAAAAAUAACAUCAAAGAAGCCAUUGAGACUAUUGUGACAGCUAUGAGUACGCUGACACCCCCUGUCCAGCUAGCAUGCCAACAGAACCAGUUCCGAAUUGAGUACAUCCUCAAUCUAGUGAACCAGAAAGACUUUGAGUUUACACCUGAGUUCUAUGAACACACGAAGAUUCUUUGGCAAGACGAAGGGGUGAAAGCCUGCUUCGAGAGGUCAAACGAGUACCAGCUGAUCGACUGUGCACAGUACUUUCUGGACAAGAUUGACAUUGUGAAGCAGAGUGAUUACACUCCCUCAGAUCAGGAUCUGCUGCGAUGCAGAGUACUGACUUCUGGGAUUUUUGAGACAAGAUUUCAAGUGGACAAAGUAAACUUCCAUAUGUUUGAUGUUGGGGGUCAAAGGGAUGAACGCCGAAAGUGGAUCCAGUGUUUUAAUGAUGUGACAGCCAUAAUUUUCGUGGUGGCCAGCAGCAGCUACAACAUGGUCAUCCGGGAAGACAAUCUGACCAACCGCCUUCAGGAAGCUCUCAAUCUGUUCAAGAACAUCUGGAACAACAGGUGGCUGCGGACCAUUUCUGUCAUCCUCUUCCUAAACAAACAGGACCUGCUAGCUGAGAAGGUUUUGGCAGGGAAGUCCAAAAUUGAGGAGUACUUCCCUGAGUUUGCACGCUACAUCACUCCAGAUGAUGCAUUACCUGAACCUGGAGAGGAUCCGAGAGUUACCAGAGCAAAGUAUUUCAUUCGAGACGAGUUUCUGAGGAUCAGUACAGCUAGUGGGGAUGGCCGGCACUACUGCUACCCGCACUUCACCUGCGCCGUGGACACGGAGAACAUCCGUCGCGUGUUCAACGACUGCCGUGACAUCAUCCAGAGGAUGCACCUGCGCCAGUACGAGCUCUUGUGAUGGGGAGUUGGUGCAAAAAAAAAAAAAAACUGUCAAAAGGCCCUACCCCCCCCCCUCCCCAUUCACUCCUUAAUCCCCACCUGUCCUCUCCUCCAUCCUUAUUGUGUUCUCCCAUGGACUCCUUAUCUCAGCGUUUCAAUAAAGUACAAAUACAGCGCAAUUUCAAGACUUCUAAACAGCAGUGAUCGCAAGUUUAAAAAGGAAAAAUGAAAUAAACACCACCUGAAAAGCCAGAACUGCUGAACUUCGACGCACUUUGUCACGGCGCUCAGGACUGUGUUCCCAUGUCACUGUACACGCACACAGAGGUACUCUUCAGCAUCUCCCUCUCAGACCCUCCUCGCAGCACCCCCAGCACUCAUUCUUUUCCUAUCAGAGCAGCACACUGCACAUAAACACCCACUCACCCAGAGACACAUGCACAUAUACAUGCUUUUAUUCUGUUCAGCUGCUGUUGGUCCUGAACAAGAGAGCACUGCCUGACGGGCUCCUCCUCCUGCUGAGAUGGACACCUCUGUGCCAGCAUCGGGGAGAGUGAUGGACAAGUGCAGGGCAAGGAAGAAUGUAAACCAAUAAAUAAAUGAGCUUAAAAGAUUGUAAGCACAGUCUGCCUUGGGAGGGCUGUGUGUGGGGAAGCGUUUGACUUUAAUUACACUCAAGCUCACAGGACUGUCCUAUGUUCUUCAAGAGUAAAGUGGGAGGAGACAAGAAUACAAUGCAUAACAGAACUUCAUGCAGUGCAAAAAAAUUCAAUCUAUAUAUAGAUAUUUAUAUGUGUGUGUAUAAAUAUAUGUAUGUAUUUUAUAUAAUAUAUGUAUGUAUAUAUACAUACAUAUAAAUUUAUUUUGCUGUAAUACACAAGUCAGCUCUUCUAUUUGUUAAUCUCCCCAGUUGUGUUGGUGUACACUAUGUGUGCACGCGUGACCUGCCGCUGUGCACCGUUCUUUCCCCUUCUGCCAUUUCUCUAUAUAUCCCUUUCUGUCCUUUGCUGCCAAACCCUGUUGUUCUGACCUACAAUCUUUUACACUCCUGACUGUAAAGUGUCUUUUUUUUUUUUUGUUUUUUUUUUUGGGAGCCUUUGUUAUGGAAUAGUUCUUAUAAAAAUAUGGAAUACAAGAAUGACCAAUGGGACAGUCAUCUGGAAACACAGGCCCCA